CGUGACGUUUAUGGCGCCAGAAAUCAAGGUUUUGGAGAAGGGGUGUGCGUAAACCAGCAAACAAUGUCCCUGAAUCUAGGAAGACAUUAAGGAUUAUUGAAUAGUUUCGUAUUUUGUGUAUAAUACUUUUAUGCUUACGUGAAAGAAACAUAUAUUAAAAUGGUGAUGCUACGCAGCAGCAGUGGGGGCGCAGAACCAGCAACUCCGAAGAAUCCUGACUUGGAUAUCAGCUCUGAGUUUCUGUCAUUAGUUCCCGCUUCGCAGCGAAAGUCAACCAGGUUGAAAAGGGGCCUCGAUGACAGCUGCAGCAGCCCAGAAAACAACACGCAAAAUGGUCAUUUGGUGGUAAAGGAGGAGAACGGCAGGACCCGGGGAAGCCUGCAGACCAGGGGGCAGAGAGUCAAGCAUGAGGUGUCAUUUGCUGAAAUGAAUGGCAAGAUUCCGCAGCACCCACAAGCAGAGAGCAAAACUAGCGAACAUAGUACAAGAAGAUCUCCAAGAUUGCAGGGAGAUGGGAAAGCAUCUAGCGACAAGCAAGCAGAUGAGGUUGACGAAGAAUCUACUCCUAAACGGACCCACUUUGGACUGCGUAGCAGGGACCAAGACAGUGCUGCACGACGCAGUUCCAGUAUCACAAGAUCCAAGAGGAACUCUAGAAAUCAGUCUGUUCUUUAUGACAGACUCAUCACUAAUACAGCUGAGGCUGUGUUGCAGAAAAUGGACGACAUGCAGAAAAUGCGACGCCGGUUAAGAAGCAGGGACACUCAAGAGGAACUUGGGAUGUACACAAGGGCCAAGAGAAAGAGGUCCUCUGAGAGGACAGAUGAGGAGAAUGAAAACACUCAGAAGAAGGAGAACGGAGCCACAGAUUACAGUGAGGAUGAGGUGGUAGAAGAAGAUGAGGAAGGCAACAACGAGGCUGAUGAUGAUGAUGAUAAUGAGGACGAUGGUGAAGAUGAGGAGGGGGACAAUCAGAAACGCUAUGACUUCAGGCAGAGGAAAGCUGUGGUUCGCUACCAGGCUCCACAGGAUGAGCCCAGGAAACAGCCUAUGUACUUCAAGGGUCACUCGUCCCCCGCCAGGACAAGGAGGCGGUUUAGGUUCAGCACUGCCGGGCCAAGGAGCCCCUACAACAGAAGGAGGAGCAGCAGAAGACGACACGCCAUCCACAGUAGCGACUCCACGUCUUCUUCCUCCUCUUCUUCCUCCUCGGACGAGGAGAAGUUCCACAGGAGAAGGAGCAAGAACAGAAACAGACCGAUCAACAGGUGCCUGCCCAUGAAUUUGGUGAAGGAGGAUCUGUUGGGGAUCCACAAGGACAGGAUGAAGAUCGGGUCUAGUCUGGCCGACGUCGACCCCAUGCAAAUUGACCAGACGGUGCGUUUUGACAGCAUCGGGGGUCUGACCACACACAUCUCGGCCCUGAAGGAAAUGGUGGUCUUUCCUCUGCUCUACCCCGAGGUGUUUGAGAGGUUCAAGAUCCAACCACCGAGGGGCUGUCUGUUUUACGGCCCACCGGGGACAGGGAAGACCCUGGUGGCGCGGGCGCUGUCUAACGAGUGCAGCCAGGGGGAUAAGAAGGUGUCUUUUUUCAUGAGGAAGGGAGCCGACUGUCUCAGCAAGUGGGUGGGAGAAUCUGAGCGCCAGCUACGACUGCUCUUCGACCAGGCUUAUCAGAUGCGGCCAGCCAUCAUAUUCUUCGAUGAGAUUGAUGGCUUGGCUCCAGUCAGGUCCAGCAGGCAGGAUCAGAUACACAGCUCCAUCGUGUCCACCCUGCUGGCCCUGAUGGACGGGCUGGACAGCCGUGGAGAGGUGGUGGUGAUCGGAGCCACCAACCGACUGGACUCCAUCGACCCCGCCCUGAGGCGGCCCGGGCGCUUCGACAGGGAGUUCCUGUUCGGUCUCCCAGACAGAGAAGCACGCAAGGACAUUUUGAAGAUCCACACCAGACAGUGGGACCCUCAACCAUCUGAUGCUUUCAUGGAGGAACUGGCAGACAAGUGUGUUGGAUACUGCGGUGCCGACAUCAAGGCGGUGUGUGGCGAGGCGGCGCUGUGCGCCCUGAGGAGGCGCUACCCUCAGAUCUACUCCUCCUCCCAGAAGCUCCUGCUCGACGUCUCCACCAUCUGCAUCGGCUCCCGGGACUUCCUGUCGGCCAUGCGUCGGACCGUGCCCGCCUCCCAGAGGGCCGUGGCCAGUCCAGUCAAGGCGCUGACGCCGGUGGUGCAACCGUUGAUGGGCGCGGCCCUGAAGAAUGUUCUGGAAGUUCUCGGAAAGCUCUUCCCCCACGUUGAACAGGGGCUCAAGAGGGAGAAGGAUUCCGGUGUUCCUGGAGGUGUGUUUGAGGAUGAUCUGAUGUUCAGUGAGGACGAGGACUCCAUCGUUAGCCCUAAGGACCUCCAUCACCCUCUGCCCAGGCCAGCCAGAGAGUUCCUGAGCUUCCACAGGAGUGUGUUGAGCCAGCCCACCUCCUACCGCCCACGGCUGCUGCUGUCGGGUCGCCCCGGGUCGGGUCAGAGCGCCCAUCUGGCCCCGGCCGUGCUCCACGCCCUGGAGAAGUUCAGCGUGUACACCCUGGACGUGGCCGUGCUGCUGGGGGUCAGCUCCACCAGCCCCGAGGAGGCCUGUGCCCAGAUAUUCUGCGAGGCUAAGCGUACGUCCCCCAGCAUCCUGUAUAUGCCCCACAUCCAGCAGUGGUGGGUGACCAUGGGCGCUGCCCUGAGAGCCACCUUCCUCAGCCUGCUCAGCACCAUCCCCUCCUUCUCCCCUGUGCUGCUGCUGGCCACCUGCAGCCUGCCGCAUGCAGACCUGGCCUACGAGAUCCAGGACCUGUUUCGUAUGGAGUACGGGGAGGUCUACCACAUCCAGCCCCCAACCCAGAAGGAGAGGAGGAACUUCUUUGAAGACCUUAUCCUCAACCAAGCAGCCAAAGCCCCCGUGUCAAAGAGAAAAGCAGCGUUACAGGCCCUGGAGGUGCUACCAGUGGCCCCCGCGCCCCCCCCUCGCCAGCUGACCGAGAAGGAGCAGCAGCGGCUGGAGGAACAGGAAGAGGACACUCUCAGGGAGCUCCGCCUCUUCCUGCGGGAUGUCACCAACCGGCUGUCUCUUGACAAGCGAUUCAAGGCCUUCACCAAGCCUGUGGACCUGGGGGAGGUUCCAGACUAUGCUACAGUGAUCAAGCAGCCUAUGGACCUGUCCACCAUCAUCUCCAGAAUCGACCUGCACAAGUACGGGACUGCCAAGGAGUUCCUCCACGAAGUGGACCUCAUCUGGCAGAACGCCCUUGAGUACAACCCUGACAGAGACCCUUCAGACCGUCAGAUUCGCCAGCGUGCCUGCGCUCUGAAGGACACGGUCCACGCCAUCAUCCGAGAUGAGCUGGACGAAGACUUUGAGAAGAUCUGUGAAGACAUCAAGGAGUCACGCAGCACAAGAGGCUGCUCAAAGUCAAGGUUCGCUCCGUCCUACUACCAUGUCCUGCCCAGACAGCCCCAGGCAGUGGAGCCCCCCACCACUGAGGCUGCCCCGCCCAGAGAGCCACAGGCCUCUCCUGCAGUCGCCAGCACUCCUCGACACCCAGCAGCCUAUAGGAGGAAGAGGAGGAAGGGCCGCUGGUGCAACGGCUACCUGACCAGGAAGAAGGCUUCUCCUCACGCAUCCAAAGACGACUCAAACCUGCCUGACUCUGGGGAAGACGAGGAGGAGGAGGAGGAAGAGGAGGCUGACGGAAAAGGGAUGGAGAGUGAGGAGGAGCCUGUCGCCGUUGUUUCGGAGCAGGACACAGAGGGAGUUGAUACUGAGCAUGCCCAGACGGAGCAGGAGAGCCAGCCAAUGGAGGAGGAGGAAGCUGGGGAGAUGGCCACUCGAGAACCUGCAGAGAGGGACGAAGCAAACAGCCAUGCGCCAGGGGAGGGGGGAGACGGGAACAGCCAGGCUGCAGUAGAAGGGGGAGAGCAGACCAGCCAGGCUACAUUGGAAGGGGGAGAAAGGAACAGCCAAGCGUCAACGAAGGGCGGAGACCAGAGGAGCUGUUCCCCCUCUGAAGCGGGAGACCAGAAGUUCCAUGGCCCAGUAGAGGGAGGGGAUCAGAGCAGCCAGAGCCCGUCAGACAAAGGAGACCAGGGCCAGAAGUCCACCACUCAGAUCACUGAACCUGAGACACUAAAGCCAGCUGUGGAGGAGGAAGCUAGUACAGAGAAGGGCACAAGGCGUAUGACCCGUGGCCUGAAGAGCCAAGUUCUGCAACAGCAGAUGAUCGAUGUGGACAAAGCCCUGGAGAUCCUGGACCAGAAGAUACCCCCAUUCGUCGUGGACAGAGAUAAGCUUAAGGAGCUGCUACUGAGAGUGGUUUCGAAAACAGAGGGCUAUGAGGUCUACCAGCUAGAGAAGCUAUACGCUCUGCUGUCUCAAAGCAUCUACAGACACCGCAGAGACUAUGACAAGACCAGUCUCCUACAGGAGAUGGAGAAAGAAAUUGAAGAUUUUUGCUAGUCAUGAUGAUGUGACCUGCUAAAAGGACCCAGACAUUUUUGCUUAAAAAUGUAUGAAUUUUGAUAGAAAUAUACAGAUUGUAUUUUGUGUAUUUCCUAUGAAUUUGUAUGUUUUUUAUUAUUGUUUAAUUAAAGGUUUUGACACAUUUGAA